UUGACACGUAUCAUAAAAACCUGAUGACCGAAAGAAAAAUAUCCGAAUUUGCAGAGAAACCGUCGAAAAAAUCCCCAAACCCAAAAAGGCCAGAUGAAAUCGGAAUCUUACCUCUCUCUAUUAAUUGCUCCCUUCUUCCUCCUCCUCCUCCUCCUCGCUUUCCCUUCCACUACCGCACAAAAAUCAACCCGAAUUGGCUGCGGCCACAGUUCCCAACACCGGAAAAUGGACACAGUCGGCGGAAUCCAAGAAUCCCGCGGCGUCCAGAACAGCGCCGAAGUUGAAGACCUCGCUCGCUUCGCCGUCCAAGAGCACAAUAACAAGGAGAAUGCCCUGCUCGAAUUUGUGAGGGUUGUGAAGGCGAAAGAGCAGGUGGUUGCCGGAACUCUGCACCAUCUGACGAUCGAGGCGAUCGAGGCCGGCAAGAAGAAGCUGUACGAAGCGAAGGUGUGGGUGAAGCCUUGGAUGGGCUUCAAAGAAGAGCAGGAGUUCAAGCAGGCUGAUGAGGAGGAGACACCAUCCGUUACCUCUUCCGAUCUUGGUGCCAAGCAAGGUGGGCAUCCUCCUGGGUGGCAAUCUGUGCCGCCGCAUGACCCGCAGGUGCAGGAUGCGGCUAACCACGCUGUUAAGUCCCUCCAGCAGAAGUCUAAUUCCUUGUUGCCUUAUGAGCUUCUAGAAGUUGUUCACGCCAAGGCUGAGCAGGUGAUAGAAGAGCAUGCAAAGUUUAACAUGCUUCUGAAGGUGAAAAGGGGAAGCAAAGAAGAGAAGUUUAAAGCUGAAGUGCAUAAGAAUAUGGAAGGCGCCUUCAGUCUGAAUCAUAUGGAGGCAGACCACUCCUAAACAAGUAAAUAGUUUGUGGUAUUGAAAUCUUCCGGUACUAACCCGAGUGUGUAUGCUGCUUUGCUUGCUUUCAGUACAUCUUGUAUGUCUUGAAUCUUGAUACCGAAGACUAAGGCGUAGUUGUGUGUCUAAAUAAUGUGUGUGUCUAUAAAUGCUAAUACUUUUUAUGUUCUUAAGCUUUGUUCCAACGUUGCCUUCACUCCAACUCUACACUGGACAUGUGCUGGGAUUCUUAACGUCUUUAAGAUAUCAAUUGACUUA